AGUCGUGCAGCAGAUCAUAGUACUCAGCUUGCUGACCUUGUCCCGCUCGUUGUAGCCCCUGUUUUCCGUCUUGUGCCACCGAGCGCUCGACACGCCUAAUCUAAGUCCAAGCCACAAUGAAGCGGAAGCAUCCAUCAAAGCCCUUAGACAAGCCCGAUUCUGCAGCACCCCUUGCCAUGGACGCCAAGCCGCUCAAACCCCUCGCCGGCGGCGGCCGUCUCAGGAGAAUCGCGGACCUCGACGAGCUCGGCCCCGGCGCGAGGCGACUCACGAGUGAAGUUUAUUACGGCGACGCGCUGCGGUCGUUCGUGAGAGACGUCGAGAGGCUCACAGGAACGGGUGGCGUGGGACUAGCAGUGGCGCCACCGGCGGCGGCGGCGGCGGCGACGGUAGGAGGAGGAGGCGGCGCACCAGGAGAGGCGUUCGUGCCGCUGGGUGGUGGCAAGCUGGCGUCGGGCGUCACUCCGACGGACACUCUCGCGUUCGUGGCGUCGGAGCUCGGCGCGCGCCAGUCGCCCUUGUUCACGGAGCUUCAUAACAAGCUGCACCGCGCCCCUCGUCCGCCCCGCGUCAAGGAUCUGCGCCGUCUCUCCCCCAGCGCCCUGCGCCUCCUCGCCGCGCUCCUCCGCAUCCCCGCACCGCUCCCCGCGCCCCUCUACGCUCUCCGCCAAGAGCCCCCCGAACCCACCGAACCCCCCGCCAUAUCGCCCACGCAAACGCCCGCCGCCAACAACCUUGCCGCCAAAGCAUCCACCGAGCCGCCACCGCCGCAUAAGCUGGUGUUGGAAGGCGCAGCGGGCGCAGCGGAGGCAACAGGCGGAACACGGCAGCAGCGGGCGGGAAGCGGCGGAUCGUCUGUGGGCGCUGCACCGGCUGCAGUGGCUCGUGAGACGGACAAGAGGGAGAAACAGCAGCUCAUAUCGCGUAUCGUGACGUCAGCCGUGUGGAAGCGCGAAGCGAGCAGCAUGAGCGGUAAGAGCCCCAGCUUCCGCUCCCGCCCCGUCGCCAACCUUUACACCGCCAAUCCCGACACCGCCAAUCCCGGCACCGCCAAUCCCGACACUUCCACCCCCCGCAACGCGGAGAGUCGGAGUUCCAACAGCGCCAGCACUUCUACUACGACUACUAAUCCUACUAACGGCCCGAAGGGUCCGUGCACCGACCAUCAUCAUCAGAUCGGGAGUAUCAGGACGAACGAAGGAAGGGCGCAGCUGAAGCGCGCCGGAGGAGAGGAUGAGCGACGCCACGUGGCAGCUGCAGUCGGCGGAACAGCCUGUGAGUGCGUGGAAGCGGCGCACAAGCGGCAGAAGCGCGUGAAACUCGUGGUCGCGCCGCUGUGCUUGCAGUCGCCGCAAAGAGGGGGGCAGCAGUGCUUGCAGUUACCGCAGAAAGCGCCCAAAGAGGAGAUGGCCACGAUAGAUGCGCGCUCCGUGUGGCCGAUGGAACCUGAAGAACACGAGGACGUUACUGCUACCGCUGCGGAAGGACUCGCGGAAGGACAGGCGGAAAGACAGGCGGAAAGACAGGCGGAAAGACAGGCGGAAAGACAGGCGGAAGGACAGGCGGAACGACAGGCGGAAAAAGCGCUGGCGCAGGCGGCGCUGCCACUCGCGGAGGGGGAGGAGGAAGAGGAAGAUGGGGAGGAAGGGGAAGAAGGGGUGCAGAAACGGGACAUGGCGGAUGGGGCUUGCGCCAAUCAAAGAAUCUGCGGUAGCCCAGGCGGGGAAGGCGGAAGUUUGGCGGGGAACUGGGGAGGCAGGGGAGGAGACGAGGCGGGCGCGGCGUCAGUUAACGCGGAAAAGGAAGCAGCGAUGGCGGAGAUUGUUGUCGGGCAGCAUGGGGGCUCUGCGGCGGAACGGAUUGAACAGGGCGCAGCGCAUGACACGGGGGUUGCGAGCGGGUUUUGCAGUAACGGGGAUGCAGAGGACAGAGCUGGGAAGGAAGGGGGAAUGGAGAGAGGAAGGGGAACUUUGGGGGAGAGUGGGGGAGGGUGUGAGGAUGAGGGGACGGCAGAGGAAGAGGGAUCCAACGGAUACGGAAGCGAGGGUAGGGUUGAUGGAGGGAGUGUUGAGGAGAGGGACAGUGGGAGUGAGGGAGUGAGUGAGAGAGAGAGCGAGUGUGAGACAGCUGGUUCUAGUCUUAGUAAGGACGGGGGAAGUGAAGGGGCGGUGGUAACUGACGAGGGGUCUUCAGAAGGAGUAGGUGCUUCUCAGGGAGUAGGUGCUUCUCAGGGAGUAGGUGCUUCUCAGGGAGGUGCUUCUGGUGCAGGUUCUCCUGGGGGAGGUGUUUCUGACGCGUCAGGCACCCAUGAAGACAUUCCAGGUUCAUCCACUUCCGGUGGAGUACAUAAUUCUCUCGUGCGUCCACCAACUCCUGACGGAGGAGGUACAUCUGGUGCAGAUUUUCCUGCGGCUGCUGCUGCCCGAGGGGCGUGUGGCGAUGGCGCUUCCGAUGGUGGUGCUUCGGAUUCAGACGAAUCUUUCUGCAGCGCUCGUGAAACACCUGAUGAACUCAUGGAAGCACCUGAACUGUUGGAAGCACCUGAAGUGGCUGAAGUGCCUGGUGCACCAGAGACAGCAUGGCAGGGCAUUGUGAGCUUGCUCAUGGGCCAAGGUAAAGCAGAAGAGGACGCAGAGGAGGGGGAAGCAGAGGCAGGGGAAGCAGAGGCGGGGGAAGCAGAGGCGGGGGAAGCAGAGGAGGGGGAAGCAGAGGCGGGGGAAGCAGAGGCGGGGGAAGCAGAGGCGGGGGAAGCAGAGGCGGGGGAAGCAGAGGAGGGGGAAGCAGAGGCGGGGGAAGCAGAGGCGGGGGAAGCAGAGGCGGGGGAAGCAGAGGCGGGGGAAGCAGAGGAGGGGGAAGCAGAGGAGGGGGAAGCAGAGGCGGGGGAAGCAGAGGCGGGGGAAGCAGAGGCAGAGGAAGCAGAGGCUGGGGAAGCAGAGGCAGAGGAAGCAGAGGCGGGGGAAGCAGAGGAGGGGGAAGCAGAGGAGGGGGAAGCAGAGGAGGGGGAAGCAGAGGAGGGUGAAUUAGAGGAGGGUGAAUCAGAGGAGGGUGGAUUAGAGGAGGGGGAAACAGAGGAAGGGGAGGCAAUCGGAGGGGAAGCAGAAGAGGGGGAAGCAGAGGAGGGGGAAACAGAGGUGGGGGAAACAGAAGAGGGGGAAUCAGAGGAGGGGGGAGCAGAGGUGGCGGAAGCAGAAGUGGGGGAAACAGAGGAGGAAGAAGAGGAGGAGGCAGAGGUGGAGUGGGUGGAGGUAGCUGUGCAGCAGAUGGAUGUAACACAUGCGGCAUGGCUCAACGGCCACUGGCACAAGGCUGCCAUCUUUGGCACGGGUGGGCACGGCAUAGAUGUGGUCGAUGGCAGCACCUAUGACACCCCUUGCAGGUCCCAGAAUGCUCUUGAACCUGUUGCUGCUCCCGAACCUGUUGCCGCUCCCGAAUCUGUUGCUGCUCUUGAACCUGUUGCCGCUCCUGAACCCGUUCCCGCUCCUGAACCUGUUCCCGAUUCCGAACCUGUUGCUGCUCCCGAACCUGUUCCUGCUCUUGAACCUGUUGCCUCUCCUGAACCUGUUGCCACCCCCGAACCUGUUGCCGCUCCCGAACCUGUUGCUGCUCCCGAACCUGUUGCUGCUCUUGAACCUGUUGGCGCUCCUGAACCUGUUGCCGCUCCUGAACCUGUUCCCGCUCCCGAACCUGUUCCUGCUUCCGAACCUGUUGCUGCUCCCGAACCUGUUGCUGCUCUUGAACCCGUUGCCUCUCCUGAAUCUGUUGCCUCUCUUGAACCUGUUGCCUCUCCUGAAGCUGUUGCCGCUCCUGAACCUGUUGCCUCUCUCGAACCUGUUACUGCUGCUGAAGCUGGUUUUACCUCUGAAGCUGCUACUAUUCCUGAAGCUGCUACUAUUCCUGAAGCUGCUACUAUUCCUGAAGCUGCUACUAUUCCUGAAGCUGUUACAAUUUCUGAGGCUGCCACUGUUUCUGAAGUUGUUGCUUCUGCUUCUGUCAUCACAGCCAUGGCCACUUGUAGUGCCAUAGCUGCUUCUGGCCCCCCUAUUGCAGACAUUACAGCAGGGGUUGAAGCUGAUGCUGCUGCCGCUGCUGCCGCUGCUGCCGCUGCUGCUGCUGCUGCUGUUGCUGCUGUUGCUAAUGCCGCUGGUGCUGCAGAUGCCGCUGCUGUGGAUGCUGUUGACAUUGGUUGUGGUACUGGUGCUGCCUCUGCUGUUCUUCUCUUGGAGAGCGCUGCUGACGUCGCUGGUCAUGGCAACGACAGCAGGGGGGGUGAGGUUGAGCCGUGUAGCGACGCUGAGAACAUGGGAGCCGCCGGUGCUGGUGGUGCUGAUGAAAUGGAGAUUGAUCCAGGGAAGGGCUGUGAGGCAGUGGAUACACAGAUGGAGGAAGGCGACCCCCCUAGGGAACACGUAGAGAAGGAUGAUGCGUUGGAAGACGGGGAUGCAGAUGAUGCAGCCCCCAGAUAUAGUGCACUUGGAGGGCAGGGACGCUCACAUGGGGAGCACUCACAUGGGCACUCAUGUGGUGAGGACAUGAAAGGGCCAGGAGAAUGUUCACCCGAGACAGGUUCGCAUUGGGACCGCCUGCAUGCAACUAGCCCCAGAGGCGACUCCUCAGAUGCGGCAUCUGGAUCUGCCAGGGGCUGGCUUCAGAAGCACCUCACAGCAGCAUUGCAACCUGCCCUGACCCUUGGAGCAGAUGAGGCAGGCAUGCAAAAAGAACCUAUUGGAAGAAACCCCUCUUUCCCAAACUCACCGUUGAUGAUAGAGAGUGUGAUUGAAAGGGAUGUGAGUGCGGUGGGGUUCAAGGAGUGGUGGGAGGGUUUGGAGGAGGAGGAGCAGCAGGUGGAGGCGUACAAGAUUGGCAUGCAGGCUCUGUGGUCGAGAAGACGAUCAAUGGUUGCCAAGGGAUGACGUGUGUGUUCUGUAAAGAGCUAAACUAG